CGGAGCGGCCACACACCCGGAGCAGCAUGUGGACGCUCGGGCGGCGCGCGGCCGCCAGCCUGCUUCCCCACGCGGGCCUCGCGGGCCCAGCCCGGGCCUGCUCGGGGUCCCGGCGCCGCAGGAAGGGCUGGCCAGCCGGCAGCCGCCGGGAUCUGCACGCUGGGCCCGCCGCGGCCCGCGAGCCCCGCCGCAACGGUUUGAACCUCUACUACCUCAACCACAUUCUGAAUGUCCCAAAGCAGAGUGUCUGCUGGAUUCAUUGGAGGAGCUCUGGAACUUUAGGUAACUCCAGCUCCCUAGAUGAGACCACCUAUGAAAGACUCGCAGAGGAGACGCUGGACUCUUUGGCCGAAUUUUUUGAGGACCUCGCAGAUAAGCCUUACACAUCGAAGGACUAUGAUGUCUCCUUUGGGAGUGGUGUGCUAACAGUCAAGCUGGGCGGAGCUCUAGGAACCUACGUGAUCAACAAGCAGACCCCAAACAAGCAGAUCUGGCUGUCUUCUCCCUCCAGCGGACCCAAGCGCUACGACUGGACGGGGAAGCACUGGGUCUAUUCCCACGACGGGAUGACCCUCCACGAGCUGCUGGCCCAGGAGCUGACCGAGGCCUUCAAAACCAAACUGGAUUUAUCUUCCUUGGCCUAUUCUGGAAAAGGCACUUGAUGGCCUGCCCUGCCUUAAAGACAUUAAAAGCUGUCACGCCAA